AAGCUUUCUGAGUAAUAAUAUCACUAAUUUUUUCAUGUCCAAAAAAAAAAAAAUUAUGAUUGAGCCAACAGUCUUCUGUCAAGCCUGACCAAAUUCAUAUCAUGCUAGCUCGAGACAUGUCCAACUCUAAAUUACGACUCACUAAAAAUAUAAAAAAUAAUAUACAAAACGAUAGAGAACAAGUAUAAUAUGGACUUUGGACUAAAGUACAAUGGCCAAUGGGCUAUAGAUUGAUCCAAAAAUUAGCCACAUUGUUCUGAGUUUCUUAUCAAAAAAAAUAAAAGAAACCAACAAUUAAAACAAAACCCCCAAAAUUUUCUCUCUCUUCAACGUCUCGUUGUUCCCUGUGCGACUACCGGAAUCCGGCGACCGGCGUAAUUUUCCGGCGAAAUCGUGCAUUUCAACAUUUGGCAGACCUUUUAAAACAAAACCCCUAAACUUUCUCUCUCUUCAACAUUUGGCAGCCUGAAUUAUUCUCAGUAGUUUCUGUGGACUACUCGAUUGAUUGAAGUUUUAGGGUUCUUUGCUUUUUAUCUUAAUAUCAGUGAAAUUUGACUCUGAUUGCCGGAGAAUUUUGAUGGUAUUAGAGUAUAGAAAGGGCUGAAAUUGAAGUGUUUGAUGCAUUGAAUUGGGUAAUUACUGCAAAGAACUACUUGAUUUUACCCGGAAAGUAAAGAAAGAAAAAAUAUGUAAAGGAAGUAAGGUUGUUGGUUCACCUGUGUGAACUAUUGCAGUGAAAUUGAUGAACACGUUCAGGCAAAGGUCCCUGGGCGGUGGGGGUCAGCAUGUAUUGGAUUACCUGAAGCGAAUGCACUCUGAGAAUCCUAAUUUUUAUUAUGCAAUUCAGGGUGAACAUGAUCCUUCAACUGCCAAUGUUUUCUGGAUUGAUGCUGCUUCACGGAUUAACUAUACCUACUUUGGUGAUACGGUUGUUUUUGAUACCUCAUAUGGUAGCAAUGGCUAUAAAGUACCUUUUGCAACAUUUACGGGACUAAAUCAUCAUGGGCAGCCAAUACAUUUUGGCUGUGCAUUGCUGCUUAGUGAAUCAGAGUCUACCUACAAUUGGCUGUUCCAAACAUGGCUUCACGCAAUGUCAGGGAAAAUCCCAGUCUCGAUCACAACGGAGCCUGAUAGAUUUGUGCAGAUGGCGGUGUCUCAAGUUUUUCCCAAUACCCGGCUUCGUUUUUGCAAAUGUAGCAUGUUUAGAGAGACGCAAACUCAUUUGGGUCAUGUUUACCAAUCACAUCCUACUUUUGAAGCAGAUUUCAGGAAGUGUGUUAACGAGAGUGAGACAAUGAAGGAAUUUGAAACUAGGUGGGGGAUGCUUUUGGGACAGUAUUAUUUGAUGGAUGAUGAAUGGCUGCAGUCAGUUUAUGAUGCUCGGCGUCAGUGGGUCCCUGUUUACAUCCGAGAGACUUUCUUUGGUGAGCUCUUUGGUGAAGGGAAUGAGGCUCGAUACUUCGAUGGGUUUAUAACUGCUGAUACUACCUUAGAAUUGCUGAUUAAACAGUAUGAAAAAGCUGUUGCAAGUUGGCAUGAGAAGGAACUACUGGCUGAUGAUGAUACGAAUAACACAUUACCCAUGUUGAAGACUCCUUCUCCAAUGGAGAAACAAGCUGCAAAUGUUUACACCAGAAAAGUAUUCAUGAAGUUUCAAGAGGAGCUUGUUGAGACCCUGGCUAAUCCUGCAACAAAAUUCGAGGAUUCAGGAGGAGUCACUACUUUUCGUGUUGCCAAGUUUGGGGAAGACCAUAAAGCUCAUAUUGUUAGUUUCAACUCCUUAGAAACAAAAGCUAGUUGUAGCUGCCAAAUGUUUGAAUUUUCAGGUAUCAUUUGUAGGCACAUACUAGCAGUUUUUAGGACAAAGAAUGUUCUUACUCUUCCUUCAGAGUACUUGCUGAAAAGAUGGACAAGGAAUGCUAAAAGUGGAGCUGCAUUGGAUGAACAUUCUGUGGAGGAGUCGACUAACUCACGAGAAUCUCUGACUAUUAGAUAUAACAAUCUAAGGCAGGAAGCCAUUAGAUUUGUGGAAGAAGGUGCAAAAUCUAUUCAUGUAUACAAUGUAGCUAUGAACGCUCUGCAGGAAGCUGCAAAGAAAGUUGCUGCCACAAGUAACCUAGGUCUUGGAGUCUCACAGGGUGGCUAUCUGACAAAUGGUGACAAUCAAGUGACGUCGGGUCAUCUAGCAGAGGAGAAGGUGAAGAAGAUCAAAGAACUGACAGCUGAAUUGGAAAAUACAAGCAAGCGUUGUGAGGUUUAUCGUGCAAACUUGCACGCAGUGCUGAAAGAUAUGGAGGAUCAAAAGCUGAAGCUUUCUGUUAAAGUGCAGAAUGCAAGACUUAGUUUGAGAGAGUAAGCUGCCAAAAAUAUUUACCAAGAAUUCUUAGAUUGAGAUGCUGUAGAUAUUAGUAAUAGAACUAGUCUGAUUUUUCGAGAGUUUCCUUGUGGAUAUUGUGGUGCAUUGAGAUCAUGAACCAUGAAUGAAUACAUCAUACAGAGCUAACCUGAAGAAGGUUACUGCUCGUAGUAUCAGAAGGUUCACUUGAUUCACAACCAAAAUGAGUAUUGUAUGAUUUACCGUCUAGAAUUAGUAGUCAUCUAAUUUUCUCAUCUACAGACUACAAUGUUGUUCCACAAUGUCUUAACGUUUCCUGAAAUAAUAAUAUAUGACCUUUUUUUUUU